AUGUCUACUUCUUGGUCGGAGAUUCCUGCAGAUCUCUUAUACUUAAUCUUAUCCAAGCUCUCGAUCCACGACCUCUUUUGCUCCGCCGCCGUAUGCUCACAUUGGUCUGCCGUGGUUGAUAAGGUCCGUCGCAGCCCCGGUGAUCAACUUCCUCAAAUCCCAUGGCUUGUGCCGGAAGAGCAGUUCCUCAUAGAUGGAAAAUCUAACAAUCGAAAUAACUACAACUUCUUCAGCUUAGAUGAGGGCCGCGUGUAUGAUAUCCCCAGCCCUUCUCGCAUCCUCAAGGAUGUCGUCGGGUCUUCCCAUGGUUGGCUCAUAACCGUCAGCGAUGUUAGCGUGCAGCUCCUGAACCCUAUCACCCACGCGCAUAUCAACCUUCCUAAUUUCCCCACCGUGGACGACCAGAAUUUGGAGGCCGUCAAGGCGGUGUUGUCCUCAGAUCCCUCCGGAGGCGGAGAUUACUUCGUCGCCUUUGUGUUCUUCUGCCCUUCUACGCAGAAAGAGUUUUUGUUCUUUGUUAAUGCAGAGGAUGAGAAGUGGAAGAUGAUAGCUGGAGGUGAUUAUUACUAUGAUGACAUAGCCUUUCACGGUCGUCACAAGAGCAAGCUCUAUGUGGUGGUAGGAGAUGAUGAACACGACGAAGUGAUGGUAGUGGCGUAUGAUCUCAUCACGCCGGAUUCGACUCUGACAUCGACGCCGGUGGUAGCUCUGUCGGACAUCAUUUCGUAUUUUGAUAUCGUCUGGUAUUUUCUCUGCACGUCUUCGGAUGAUGAUCUACUGCUCACACGGAUCAUGACGAAAAAAUCAAAAAAAAAUAUUUACGAAUUGGAGGUUUGGAAGAUCGAUACAGAGAAAUGUAUUAUCAGCACAAUGAAUAAUUUGGGGGAGUAUACUCUGUUCUUGAGCGCGGCUUCUUCUCUUUGCAUUGAUACGUCUUCGUUGCCGGAUUUGAAGUCGAACUCCAUUUAUAUCUCUAUUGACUUGUAUAGUAUUGGCAUUAGUGAGAACUGGAUUUACAGCAUGGAGGACGAAAGGUUCACCUCAUUGAGUUUGCCGGCAUUAUCACAUCGAAAGCGACGACGGCGGUGGCGGCGGCCAGUACUAGUUUGGUUUGCACCCAGUAUUGCAUUGAAUGCGGAUCCAAUAUUGUAA